CGAUCGAUUGUUUGACAACCCUAGUCGCGCUGUUCGCGACGCCGCGUAAAAUUUUGUGACGAAUUCAGAAAGUUGUUUAUUCGCGCUUAAAUUAUUAAUUUUUUUGUGUGGAACGCGUCCCAGGCAAAUGCUCUCGUGUAUGCAAGCUUUGCUGACUGCGUAACUCCGCCGAAGAAAGAAAAUAACAGUAAUGCGAAAGACCCGCUCGCAGACGGCUCGCACGCAGGCGGAAAAUGCCGCAACUUCCAACAUCGCCGGCCAGCAAUCAUCAUCGUCUGCGGUCUCAGCACUGAGCACCUUUGAUACGAGCAAAUACAAGGAAUGUGAGCAGAUGGUGCAGAUGCUACGAGUGGUAGAGCUGCAAAAAAUCUUAUCGUUUCUGAACAUCUCCUUCGCUGGCCGAAAAACCGAUCUGCAGGCACGCAUCCUCUCGUUUCUGCGAACUAACUUGGAACUGCUCGCCCCAAAGGUGCAGGAAGUUUACGCUCAAUCCGUGCAAGAACAAAGCGCCACGCUGCAGUACUUAGAUCCAACCAGAAUGUAUUCGCACAUGCAGCUACCGCCUGCCGUGCAGCCCAACUCCGUAGUGGGCAGCCUGGUUGGCGGUGGUCCUGGCGGGCAGGUGCCGGGUGCUCAGAUACCCGUGGUCGGCGGAGCACCGUUUCUACACGCACACAGUAUCAACAGCCAGCUUCCCAUCCAUCCGGACGUUCGGUUGAAGAAGCUCGCCUUUUACGAUGUGCUCGGUACACUGAUAAAGCCUUCGACGCUGGUGCCUCGCAACACUCAGCGUGUCCAAGAGGUGCCUUUCUACUUUACACUAACGCCGCAGCAGGCCACCGAGAUAGCCUCCAAUCGUGACAUCCGCAAUAGUUCCAAAGUAGAGCACGCCAUCCAGGUGCAACUGCGGUUUUGCUUAGUAGAGACCUCGUGCGAGCAGGAGGAUUGCUUUCCGCCGAACGUGAACGUCAAGGUGAACAACAAGCUGUGCCAGCUGCCUAAUGUCAUUCCUACAAACCGGCCUAAUGUGGAGCCAAAGCGUCCUCCGCGUCCCGUUAACGUAACCUCUAAUGUAAAGCUGUCGCCAACCGUCACAAACACAAUAAUGGUGCAGUGGUGUCCGGAUUAUACGCGCAGCUACUGCCUGGCUGUCUAUCUGGUGAAAAAACUCACCUCUGCACAGCUCCUACAACGUAUGAAGACUAAAGGUGUCAAGCCGGCGGACUACACCCGUGGACUAAUUAAGGAAAAGCUGACGGAGGAUGCAGACUGCGAAAUAGCAACGACCAUGCUUAAAGUAUCUCUGAACUGCCCUCUGGGUAAAAUGAAAAUGUUGCUGCCGUGUCGAGCCUCAACUUGUUCGCAUCUCCAGUGCUUCGAUGCCAGUCUCUACCUGCAAAUGAACGAGCGCAAGCCAACCUGGAACUGUCCAGUCUGCGAUAAGCCAGCCAUUUAUGACAAUCUGGUCAUAGACGGAUAUUUCCAAGAAGUGCUGGGUUCCUCGCUUCUCAAAAGUGACGACACGGAGAUUCAACUGCACCAGGAUGGCUCGUGGAGUACACCAGGUCUGCGGAGCGAAGCGCAGGUCUUGGACACCCCCUCGAAAUCGGUUCAAAAAGUAGAGGUCAUCUCGGACGACAUAGAACUAAUCACGGAUGAGGCCAAACCGGUAAAGAGUGAUUUGGCUCCAGUCCCGGAUGAUCAGCCAACAUCAACGUCGAACAGUGAAACUGUUGAUCUGACGUUAAGUGAUUCCGAUGACGACAUGCCACUGGCCAAGCGUCGUCCUCCUGCAAAACAAGCUGUCGCCAGUUCCACGUCGAACGGAAGCGGCCAACGUGCUUACACUCCGGCCCAGCAGCCUCAGCAAUCCGAAUCCCCCGACCAGCUGGCCCGACAACACUCGCCAGAGAUGCAGCCCGGCCUAGAACAACUCGAACAACCGGCGGCGGCGGCAGCCGUUCAUGCCACUCUUCUGGAGUCCCUGGCGGCCGCGGUGGCGGAUCAAAAGCACUUCCAACUGUUGGAUUUGGCUGCGGUUGCGGCUGCUGCUGCCGCCACGGCCUCGGCGUCCUCCGGGCAGGGUCACAAUGCCGGCCCAUAGGCACUACACACAUCCCCGCAUCCCACCAUUGUACAUCACACACGUCCCGCAUCCCACAUCUCGCAGCGUUGAUUGAUAUGGUUUCCUCUGCUUUUGCUUAUGUCGCCCCACCCCCAUUGGCACACCUGACCAGAUCGUCGUACCUCAGAGGCUAUUUUUCGGCAGUCCCUUCAUCCAAAUGUCACCUCCAUUCACGUUCAUUUGCAUUUGUGGCGCUCUAAAGAAACAAAACAAAAAACUGACUUUCGCAAUUCUUGUGUUACAGGACGCAGGCAUUACAGGCAGGUUUUAUAGGAGAGGGUCCUGUUCCUGAUCGGCCAGAUUGUUGUCGCUUUAUCCUUCCUUAGGUUGCCCUGUGUCUUCUUUUCUGAGUUACACUCUGCUUUUCGAAGGUUCUCAGUCCACACACACAACCAACAACCAACCACACAAACAAACCUAAUUAUAGAAUUCAUUAGAUAUUACCAUAGGCAAUCGCAAUUAAUUUAUUUCCUGUUAGAAAUAGAAUUGACCCGCAAGAGCAUCACACCGGAGCUCAUGGACUAACACUACUAUUAAGCCUUCUCCUAAACCUAAUCCUACACCUACAUCCGAUGUUAAUGUUAAGUUACGUCAGUGCAAGUUGGGCCUAUCCGUAUUCCUACCAGAGAUGAGAACAGAAAGUGCGGCAGCCAGCCGCAGCAUCGACUUUUAAGCUACUAAGUUAUUUAAAAUUAUGUAACUAAGGAUACGAAGCGAGUAGUACAGUGGAUUAGUUUGCUGCCUGGAACUGCGUGGAAUAUCAUAGAAAAUUAUGAUUAAACUUUUAUUUGUAUUGGCAUAUACAAUGGCUUGCGUUUUAUUCAUCAAAACUCUAUAGAAGAAUCCGAAUAUUUAUACACGGCAUCAAGAUUAUUAAGACCUGCUCCCCCCACCCCCAGCCCAAGAUUAUUUAAGCUCAAAACCGUAGCGCGGACCCCCUAGUAUUUUAAGAAGAUAUGGAUGGAUGAGGACGUAAUUCAAACUAAAACUAAAAUUUAUUGUUCGUAUUUUGAUUUGAAUUGCCUUCAUUUUGGAUCCAAAAUAUCUGAAACAUAGAAAUAUGAAAUCAAUGUACAAGGAGAUGUGUACUUUAUCUAUAUAUAUAUAUAUAAUUAAACAAUUUUCAACCAA